CAUAAUUGGUUGAUGCUAGAAUUAUGCACAGUCGAAUCCAGUGGUAUAAUCUUUUAGUAACGAAUGAUGUACAUCACAGGCCGGCAACGAAGAUCUCGAUCUCGAAAGUUUGUUUGGAAAGGUGGACAUCAAUAACUCUGAAACAAGGAAGAACGACUUUUAGGCAAGGCGGAGGUGUAGUUGUACUUGUACUUGACGGGGAAAACAUUGAAAAUGUCCGUGUGACGUUGAUUGUCGCCGUCGGUACUCAGUUGAUGUAAUACGAAAGCCAAAGAAAUUCUGCUGAAGAACCGCACAAAGAAAUUGAUUCAUCUUCGCGACAAGAUCAAGAACAUGAGUGCUGUGGAAUCGACAGUACCCGCCAACAAGAGCUGCAAAAUUAAGCCGCUCCCGCAAGGUUUGCGUCGCACGAAUGCGAAAAAGCCGCCGCCGCCCGCUGCAAAGCAUAACCUGUCGCUCCACUAUCCUGUGCAAAAGUAUCGCACUCGUAGUAAUUGCAGUCAUGCAUUACCAAUCUCGUUCCCAAGGCAAAUCAGCAUGACAAAUUGCAUUUGUCAUGCUGAGGGAAUUUGUUAUGCAAUUUAUACUAGUACGAUACUUUUGCAGUUCAUAUCCACGUGACUCUGCCAACUACUACGAGGAGGAACAUCACUGCCCCCGCUGCACAAAAUCAACAACCGGCGACUUCGGUUGUCGUGCCGGCCGCGGCUGAAACUCAAACACAAACUACAGCUGUUGUGAACAAUAAUAAUCAAACUACGACUACUUCUUCUACUACUACUGCAACGACGAGUACGGCUUUCUCGAAGGCGACAUCCAAGGCUGCCGGAGGGCCACCAAGUCUUGGAACGGUAGCUGCACCCGCCCAACCCGAAGUAGAACUACCCGCCGAGCCCAUUCCCGCCGUCUCCAAGGCCCGGGGCCCGCCUCCGCCGGGAGAUGAAAACAGUACUAAACCGUCUACUUCCGACGGAGCAGCUGCACUAGGUGUAGACAACGACGACCUGCAGGCGCUACCCAAGGCGGUGCCGAAGGCGGGCUAUCAACUGUAAAUAUCGCUCUGGGUCUGGAAGAUUAAAACUUAUCAUGCUCAAUCUGAAUGAUGCAAAAAUCUGUGAUAUUGCGUGAGUACCAAAAGCCGUCCGCUUUUGACCAAAUUGAGAGGGAGUUCCUCAUGCAGGAAACGCAUGAUAGAGACCGCAAAGAAUCUGUCAUGCUAGGUCUCGCAUUGCAGACCUCAUGGCUCAUGCAAAACGUGCAUGGCAAGUCUCAGAAUCUUCCAGACUUAGACAUAUUUGCACUGCAUACGGGCGGUUUGGUCGCGAAGCUCGCCGCGGUGGGCGUGAACGUGGAGCAAGCUGUAUGCAAGAGAAAAAAGAAAAACUGUGUAAGCGUGACUUUGUGUUGCACACGCACGCAAAGCAAUUCUCACUUGCUAUGCUCAACAUGCAUUUUUACAGGCUAAAGUAGUCUCAUAUGUGUUUACUUUUAUUUCAUCGCGCACUAUAAUUUCUUGCGCACUAGACAGGCUUUCCAUUACCUUUUUAUUUCACUCGGGGUCCCUUUUGACCCCGAAUAGAUUUGAAAAGCCGUCCAUGCCGUGCGGGUUCGAAAGGGGGUGCCUGGGUUCAAAUUUUUAUGGUUUUUGCUUGACAAACUCAAUUAUCUCAAGCUUUUCUUAUUUCGCACCUGUUUCCGUCACCUCCUUAAUUCAUUCGGGGUCUCUUUUGACCCCGAAUAGAUUUGGUCCGCCCAUACCGUGCGGGUUCGAAAGGGAAUGCCUGGCUUCAAGUUUUUAGGGUUUUUGCUUGACAAACUCAAUUAUCUCAAGCUUUUCUUAUUCCGCACCUGUUUCCGUCACCUUCUUAUUUAAUUCGGGGUCUCUUUUGACCCCGAAUAGAUUUAAGAAUCUGUCCAUACCGUGCGGGUUCGAAAGGGAAUGCCUGGCUUCAAGUUUUUAGGGUUUUUGCUUGACAAACUCAAUUAUCUCAAGCUUUUCUUAUUCCGCACCUGUUUCCGUCACCUUCUUAUUUAAUUCGGGGUCUCUUUUGACCCCGAAUAGAUUUAAGAAUCUGUCCAUACCGUGCGGGUUCGAAAGGGAAUGCCUGGCUUCAAGUUUUUAGGGUUUUUGCUUGACAAACUCAAUUAUCUCAAGCUUUUCUUAUUCCGCACCUGUUUCCGUCACCUUCUUAUUUAAUUCGGGGUCUCUUUUGACCCCGAAUAGAUUUAAGAAUCUGUCCAUACCGUGCGGGUUCGAAAGGGAAUGCCUGGCUUCAAGUUUUUAGGGUUUUUGCUUGACAAACUCAAUUAUCUCAAGCUUUUCUUAUUCCGCACCUGUUUCCGUCACCUUCUUAUUUAAUUCGGGGUCUCUUUUGACCCCGAAUAGAUUUAAGAAUCUGUCCAUACCGUGCGGGUUCGAAAGGGAAUGCCUGGCUUCAAGUUUUUAGGGUUUUUGCUUGACAAACUCAAUUAUCUCAAGCUUUUCUUAUUCCGCACCUGUUUCCGUCACCUUCUUAUUUAAUUCGGGGUCUCUUUUGACCCCGAAUAGAUUUAAGAAUCUGUCCAUACCGUGCGGGUUCGAAAGGGAAUGCCUGGCUUCAAGUUUUUAUGGUUUUUGCUUGACAAACUCAAUUAUCUCAAGCUUUUCUUAUUCCGCACCUGUUUCCGUCACCUUCUUAUUUCAUUCGGGGUCUCUUUUGACCCCGAAUAGAUUUAAGAGUCUGUCCAUACCGUGCGGGUUCGAAAGGGGGUCCCUGGGUUCACGUUUUUAUGAGUUUUGCUUGACAAACUCAAUUUUCUGAGGCUUUUCUUAGUCCGCAUCUGUUUCCGUCACCUUCUUAUUUCAUUCGGGGUCCCUUUUGACCCCGAAUAGAUUUGGUCCGCCCAUACCGUGCGGCUUCAAAAAGGGAUGUCUGGGCUCAAGUUUUUGUAGUUUUUGCUUGACAAACUCAAUUAUCUCAAGCUUUUCUUAUUCCGCCCCUGUUUCCUUCCCCUUCCUAUUCCAUUCGGGGUCCAUUUUGACCCCGAGUAGAUCUGAAAAUCCCUCCAUACCGUGCGGGUUCGAAACGGGAUGCCUGGGCUCAAGUUUUUAUAGUUUUUGCUUGACAAGCUCAAUCUUCUGAAGCUUUUCUUCUUCCGCACCUGUUUCCGUCCCCUUCCUAUUUAAUUCGGGGUCCAUUUUGACCCCGAGUAGAUCUCGAAAUCCCUCCAUACUGUGCGGGUUCGAAAAGGGAUGUCUGGGCUCAAGUUUUUGUAGUUUUUGCUUGACAAACUCAAUUAUCUCAAGCUUUUGUUAUUCCGCCCCUGUUUCCGUCGCCUUCUUAUUGCGCUCGGGGUCUUUUGUGACCCCGAAUAGAUUUGAAAAGCCCACCACGCCGUGCGGGUUCGAAAGGGGAUGUCUGGAUUUGAGUUUUCGUGAUAGUUUUUAGUAUUGCUAUAGUAUACUACGCUAACACAAUUUCAUUCCUGGAUGAGCUAACGAGGUAGGGACCGUGCAGCAGCAGCUCGGAGAUGGCUCGUCUGGCGCGGGGGCCACCGGACGACAAGGACAAGAUCCAUCUGCGCAGCAGGAAGCGGACCGUAAUACCAGCGCAGCAGCCGAUAUCACGGGAAAAAAGUGUUACAGUUACACAUUUGUUGGAGUUUCUGCAUCGCAAAGUUGCUCGACAUGGCCAAGAAAACCUGUGAUGCGCAGACUACAAGGGAAAACACGAGUGAAAUGAGGCUGGCAACCAUUUCCUGCAUGACAAAGGUUGUCUGUCUUGCUGGUCUUCCAUCAGAGUGUGUAACUGUAACAUUUUUUUCGCAGGAUAGCCGAGGACAACCUGGCGUUGUUUCGGAAUAUCACCAGACAGGUCACCAUAUCCUGUGCAAAAGUAUCGCACUCGUAUAAAUGCAAGUCAUGCAUUACAAAUCUUGUUCCCAAGGCAAAUCUGCAUUACAAAUUUUAUUGGGUAAAAAGGACAAAUCCCAAGAAGACUAGCAAAAUCUCAAGAAGAAAUGGACAAAUCUCAAGAAGAAAUGGGCAAAUCUUAGGGUUUGGGUUUGGGGUCUAGGGUUUGGGGUUUCUGGUCGUCGGCCAGGGCAGCCGCCGCCGGCCGGCCGGCCGGCGGCGGCUGCCCUGGCCGACGACUCUCUCUUCUCGUUUUUGGAAGGUGGCGGCCCCGCGCCCUGCCCGCCUUCGUGUUUGUUCUGUCGCUUCCUUGGGGUUCUCCUGGUUGGCGCUGGCCAGCUCCUUGGCCGGCGGGCCUCGGGAUUGGGGCACACAGCGCAGCCGCGCAGAACUUGGCGGCUUGGUCCCUCACCCGGGUCCCCCUCGCAGGGAGACCGCGGACGGGCCGCGGGGUGUCCUUGUGUAUUUUUCCAGGCCAGGAUGCCGUCGUGCAUCAUGUUAUGCAUGAUGGAGUGUUGCUUGCAAAAAAACACAGUAGAUUCAGAAGAACCGAAUGCCCGCGAAUAGCUUUGACGUGGCCCCGCACACCGUCGUGCAUAACGUUCUCGCUCGCCAAAACAUCUCCUUCUCUCCGCCCUCUGCUUUCCAUCUGCUUUUCGCCUUCUCUCUGCCGUCUUCUUUCGAUCUGCUUUUCGCCUUUUCUUUGCCCUCUUCCUCGAUUCGAUUCCAACGUAGAAUAAUGCGUUUCCACAGGCAGGAAGUUUUCAGUGAAAACUUCCUGUCUGUGAACUAUACCAUGGUGUAUAAAGUUCUCCCUGAAAAAUCCGUAACCAUUCUUCUUGAGAUUUUUAACAAGUCAAGCAAUUUGAAAAUUAAGCAUUUUCUUUUUGGGGUGGGUUCUUCUUGAGCUUUUCUUCUUGAGAUUUGUCCACUUUAACCAAUUUUAUUUCUCAUGCUGAGGAAAUUUGUCAUGCAUUUAUACGAGUGCGAUACUUUUGCAGUCCAUACACCAGACGCGCCACGUCGGGGCUAUGACCUGCUCAAACGUUACAACCUCAAACGUUACUCAAUAGGAUUUGGGUUUUGUAUUGCAUGACGAGCAUGACAGACUCGGACAGCAUUCCAUUUUCUGCAAUACAAAUUUCGCCAAAUUGUAGUGCGGAUUGGGGCGACUCCAGAACUUGUCAUGCGCAUCAAUCCUACGAGAGUCGGCUACUACGUAAUGCACUUCUUGCAGCACACAUUCCAGAUUCUAUGAUAACCGAUUUGAGAUUGUAACACCUGAGCAGGUUAUAGGGGCUGUACAAGCAUGAGGAGUGGCUGGCCCGGCUAUCAAAUGUAAAAGUGUCUGGGUCUGGAGGAUUCUGAAACUUGUCAUGCAUAUUUUGCAUGAGUCGUGAUGUCUGUGAUGCAUGCCCUGGCAUCACAGAUUUUUUCUGGGCUUCUUGAUCUUGAUGCCUAGUCCGCAUGACAAAUGCCCUCUCUCCGAAGCAAAAAAUACACUCAUUUUGCUGCUCAUGCAAUGCAGGUUUCUUUGGAAUCCAAAUGCAGCAUCACAAGUUGCAUUUUUCCAGACCCAGACACUUUUGCACUCGAUACCGGCGGCAUGACGACAAGGUCCGACGGAUCGAGGAAGAAAAGCGCCAGGCACGUAUCCUGUGCAAAAGUAUCGUAAAAGACUUCUACGUAGAAAUCGCAUCACAAAUAGAAGCGCAGCAUGACAGCGAUAGAACUUGUAAUUCUGAUUUAAUACCUCGGGAAGAAGAUUAACAUUUGCAGCCACGCAUGUUCGCGAUGUAUUAUUGGAACGAGCUGUACGAUAGUACUUUUGCAAUGCAUAGCCCGACGCGCGGAACGGUGGUACAAUAACGAUCGUAACAGAGAGGGCCGCGCCAGAAGUCGGCGAAACGACUCGCGAGGACGCAGGAGCUACGGGCGGGGGAAUAAAAAAGAUGACCGGGACGACCACCGGGACAAAAAUGUGAGCAGGAGCAGGGUACGGCGAUUGUCCAGUCGCGAUCGUCGGGACUCACGAGGCGGAAAAGGACGGGACAGGUAUACUGAAGAUAAAGCAAGAGAACUUUGUUUUUCUUCUUAUAAAAACCGUAUAUUUAUUGUCAUGCCUAAAAGUAGAAAGAGAAAAAGAACCAGUCAUGCGUGAUCUCAACUACUUCUACACUUAGAAUUUGUACUACUUAUCACAGAAGCAGCUACCGCGAUACAACGGCCCGAACUACUGGUGCAAACUCCCGCCGUCGUGAGGAAGAUGACAGCAGGGAUGACAACUACCACAACGACAACAAAAACCGCUGCUCCCGGAGUCGUGGACGUGGUGGUCGUGGUGGCGGUGUGAAUGGCAAUGACAACGGUAAAAAAAAGGAUAAAAAGCGAAACUACUCCGAGGACGAAAGCGAGAAGAAUUACUCUACCAGCAAGAAGAACAAGAAACCUGCUCCCUCUUCGUCCAUAUGCAUUGCAAAAAUGUCUGCGUCUGGAAGAUUGGUGCGGUUUGUCAUGCUUGUCUGGCAUGACCAAAAAAUUUGUGAUGCGUGUCAACGAAGAGACCCUUUUGCCUGUCAUGCAAAAACGCAGUUUGUCAUGCGAGAAACGCAAUACAAGGAAGUGCAGAUAUUUCUCAUGCUUGGCUGUGCAUUACAGAGCAUUCACUAUUCCCAACGCAGCAUUACAAGUUUCCAGACCCAGACACUUUUGCAUUUGAUAGUCCACCGACGAGAGCAAGAAAAGAAGUGGCACUGGUGCUCCCGCGGACAGGUAGAAGGAUCUUAAGGAAAACUGUUUCUGGGUUUUAUUUAACUCUGUCAUGCAGAAAUUGAACGUAGACAACGGCCCAAUUCUAAGCAUAAUGUCGCUUGUCAACAUCCGAUGACUAGAGAAUAACAAAAACCCUAGGAAAAAACUCGUGCACUAUCAAAUCGCUCCUGUGUACAAAUACCUGUGCGUCCUGGCAAACACUUUUGCAGUCAUGAUCUAAUGCUGAGAGCGCUUGAAGCGCUAUAAUCCGCCGAAAAAAAGAACAAAACUCUGGAAAUUUCAACUUCUCUUCUGGGUAUUAAACUAACAGGUCGACCAAAAAGCACAAGAAGGAAAAAGUAAGCAGGACAUCAACAUCUGACAGCCGGGAACAGAGUAACAGCAAGCGGAAGGGCCGUGGGGGAGACAAGAAGCAGAGUUUAUUGUGAGGAAACGUUUUCGUGAUCCCUCCUCCGCUUUUUGAAAAGGUGGUCUAGUACAACUUGUGAAAAUUUGUGAUGCUGAUUUAUUAUCUGUGGCCACAAAGCGCACGCCUGUCCGUCUUGCACGAGGUUCCUGAGUUGUAAACCGCAAACAUCCAGCAUACACAAGUUUGCGUUUGAGUACGGGGAAGUAGAUGGGGGAUCAGCAUUUUUGAUUUUGAUACAGCAGCAAGCAGAAAAACGACAGUCGAGGCCGAGAUGACAGUCGAGGACGGGACGACAGUCGAGGCCGAGACGACAGUCGAGGCCGAGAUGACAGUCGAGGACGAGAUGACAGUCGAGGACGGGACGACAGUCGUGGGAGAUAA